UCACCAAGAGAAAGCAGCUGUCUUUGUCGAAUCCUCAAAAGCUAAAACAAAAUUGCCUUCUCAUCAUCACCUAAAGCUCAAAAAGGGCGACUCUCCUUAGUUUCCAACUCCAUCCUGCGCCUCUGUAUUUUCCCCGAAUCACAAUCACAUACACAAAUGUAUAUAAAGGCUUAUUAGUCUUUUUCUUUGCACAAGAAUUCGCCUUUUCCCUGCCUGAGAGACCUCGCCACAUGCAAUAAAAGGUCAAGCUUAGCUCCCAAAUACUCUGCAUUCCAAUGGCUCUUGUGAGCAGAAUCCCGUCUUCUUCUCCAGCACCACUUCAAUCAAUAAAACCCAAAUCUUUUGGCUUCAGCCCGGUUUUCACCAUUCAGUGUGCAUCAAGCUCACCAAAGGCGUCGCCUUUCACUGAAAAGCAUUCAAUUGAGAGGUAUGAAAGGGAUAGCUGGUUGUACAAGAACCAGCUGCAGCAGCCCUCUUGCUCCUGCCCACUCCCAUCUGAUCAAGAAUUUGUCAGGGACUAUGAUAUCGCUUUGCAGCUGCCAGAGCUAAGGAAAUUACUUGAAGUUUUGAGAGAAAAGAGAGAAAAUUCAAAUGGGGUUGAGAAGAGAGGGCCUGGAAAUGUGUUCUUGGUGGGGACUGGGCCCGGGGACCCGGAAUUGCUGACCCUGAAAGCAUUGCGAGUCAUAGAGAGUGCUGAUCUCUUGUUGUACGAUAGAUUGGUGUCUAAUGAUGUUUUGAAUUUGGUGGGACCCAAUGCGAGGCUUCUGUAUGUUGGAAAGACUGCUGGGUACCAUAGCAGAACUCAGCAGGAGGAAAUUCAUGAAUUGCUUUUGAGCUUUGCUGAAGCUGGAGCAAAUGUUGUGAGGCUAAAAGGCGGGGAUCCAUUGGUAUUUGGAAGGGGUGGAGAAGAGAUGGACUUCCUGCAACAACAAGGAAUUGAAGUUAAAGUCAUUCCAGGCAUAACAGCUGCUUCUGGAAUAGCUGCUGAAUUAGGAAUUCCUUUGACACAUCGUGGUGUGGCAACUAGUGUUAGAUUUCUGACAGGCCACUCAAGAAAGGGAGGAACGGAUCCUCUGUUUGUGGCAGAGAAUGCUGCUGAUCCUGAUUCUACUCUUGUCGUCUAUAUGGGCUUAUCAACUCUCCCAUCUCUUGCCUCAAAACUGAUGUUUCAUGGGUUGCCGGAGGACACACCAGCUGCUGCCAUCGAGCGAGGCACUACACCCCAACAACGCAUUGUUUUUGCUGCACUGAAGGACCUCGCUGAUGAAAUUGCAUCACAUCAACUGGUGUCACCAACUUUGAUUAUCAUCGGGAAAGUAGUUGCUCUUUCUCCAUUAUGGCCACGUGCCAUGAAUAAGACUUCCACAUUGGUUGAGUCCAGGUAGCAGCUCGACAAAAGAGACAAGCGUUGUUUUCCACAGCCAAAUCAGCUGAGACCAGCUUCAUUGCUGCUUGUGGGCCGAGUCUUGGUUGAAACUGGCACUUCCUUCCUGAAUCAAGACUUUGGAGAUGUGUAUGCGCAAGCAUCAAAUGCAAUGCUCGGCUUGUUUGUGAUUAAAUUGCAGGUAGAAAAUUUGAGUCUCUGCCCCUUGUAUAAUUGCUCAUUCGGAUUUGUUUUCUAGGAGUAGACAGAAAGAUAUUGUACUAGCAAUCUUUGUUUAACCAUUGAUACGUUUAGAUAAAAUCCAAUAAAAUUCUUUAACUUGUGUUUUCCAUUUUCAUGGCUUCUUUGUUCCUUUCUGACUACAACGCAACAUUAG